AUGUCUGCUGCUGCUACCGCUACAACAACUGCACAACCACCUGUUGGUGUUUCCAAUUUACCAAACCAACGUUAUAAGAUUGCUAAUGAACGAGGCGGAUCAUUCACACUUAUGGUUUGCGGUGAAAGUGGUCUCGGGAAGACCACAUUUAUUAACACACUUUUCCAAACGACAUUAAAACAUCAGGACGCACAACAACGUCGUUAUACACCAAUUAAAAAGACAGUGGAUAUAGAUAUAAUUCGUGCCAUACUAGAAGAAAAAAACUUCUCAUUAAGAGUUAAUGUUAUUGAUACUCCGGGAUUCGGUGAUAACGUUAACAAUAACAAAGCAUGGCAACCAUUGAUUGAUUUCAUUGAUGAUCAGCAUGAUUCAUAUAUGCGUCAAGAACAACAACCAUACCGUAAAGUUAAAUUCGAUUUAAGGGUGCAUGCAGUACUAUAUUUCAUUAAACCAACUGGUCAUGGAUUAAAACCUUUAGAUAUUGAAACGAUGAAGCGUCUUUCAACAAGAGCUAAUUUGAUACCAGUGAUUGCCAAAUCUGAUACUUUAACGGCGCAAGAAUUACAAGUUUUCAAAUCAAGAAUUAGACAAGUCAUAGAAGCUCAAGAAAUUAGAAUUUUCACACCACCUUUAGAAACUGGGAGUGUGAAAGAUGAUGAAUCACCUGAUUCUCCUGCUAUGGAACAUGCAAGACAAUUGAUUGAAUCGAUGCCAUUUGCUGUUGUUGGUUCUGAAAAUAAAUACGAUAAUGGUCAAGGGACACCUGUAGUUGCAAGACAAUAUCCAUGGGGGCUCGUUGAAAUUGAAAAUGACUCUCAUUGUGAUUUCCGUAAAUUAAGAGGAUUAUUAUUAAGAACAUAUUUGUUGGAUUUAAUUCUAACUACUGAAGAAUUACAUUAUGAAACGUAUAGAAGAUUAAGAUUGGAAGGUGGUAACAGUGAAGAUCCCAAUUUACCCGUUAAGGCACCAGCUAGAAAAUUAUCACAUAAUCCAAAAUACAAAGAGGAAGAAAAUGCAUUGAAGAAGUAUUUCACUGAUCAAGUUAAGGCAGAAGAACAAAGAUUUAGACAAUGGGAACAAAAUAUAGUUAAUGAAAGAAUCAGGUUGAAUGGAGAUUUAGAAGAUAUUCAAUCUAAGGUAAAGAAAUUAGAGGAACAAGUUAGGAAUUUACAAUUAAAGAAACGUUAA